GUGAGUAAGGCUGAAAUGAAAUUUAAAGAGCCUCCUCCCGCUUCGAGGCAACAGAGCCACACUUCGGAGAAGGAUAUGAAAGAUGAGCGAUUAUCGACGAACAACAACGUCAAAGUCUCUCCUAUCCCUACCCCCUCCCUGCAAACUCCUCCCUCUUCUCCCCAACAACCCACUCAGUCGAAGAGGUUGUUGCAGGAGGUACUCUCCCGACCCGGUCCCUACCCCAUGAUAGUUAUCCCCCCCAAAGGGUACUGGGUCGACGGGUUGGAUCACGAAGAACACUUCGACCAUAGGGGGAUGCCAAUCGUUCCCCAUCCGACUUGGAGGGCUAAGUUCGAAACAGACGACACGGCGAAAUGUUACAGGAGGUUUUUCGUUAAGAAGGAACACUCGACCCUCAUCGGCCAAGACGAUCAACUGGGUCCCGUGCUGCUCUCCAUCAAAACGGAGAACGUCGCCAACCAAGAACACACCCGCAUCCUGCUCCGGCUUUGCACAGGCACUAUGCACGAGAUCGUACCCUCCUCGUGCCUGGAUCCCAGUCCCUCGCCCGCCAAGAUGGCGUGCAUCCUCAACGAACAACUCAACGUCAAAAACUUCGUACCUGUCCUUCAUCCCCAAGCCUCCCAGCUCAUCACCGAAUACGACGAACACGUUCUGGUCAAGGAUUUCAAGUUCGGCGUCCUCUAUCAGCGAUUCGGACAGAUGGACGAGGAGGAAUUGUUCUGCAAUAACGUCACCACGCCGGCUUUUGACGAUUUUCUAUCGCUGCUGGGGCAGAGGAUACAGCUCAAGGAUCACAAAGGAUACAGGGGCGGCCUCGAUAUCCAGAACGGCCACACCGGCGACACGGCCGUCUACGAGGUAUUCAAGGAACGCGAAAUAAUGUUCCACGUUUCGACCCUCCUGCCGUACACGGAGAACGACCCACAACAACUGCAGAGGAAGAGGCACAUCGGCAACGACAUUGUGGCGAUUGUUUUCCAAGAGGAAAACACAACGUUCACACCGGACAUGAUUGCAUCGCACUUCUUGCACACCUUCAUCGCGGUGCAAGUCAUCGAUCCAAACACCCCGAACACUAGGUACAAGGUUAGUGUGACAGCACGCGACGACGUUCCCUUCUUCGGACCUACUCUGCCCACUCCCGCCAUUUUCAGACACGGAGCCGAAUUCAAGGAGUUUCUGCUAACGAAGCUCAUCAACGCGGAGAACGCUUGCUACAAAGCUGACAAGUUUGCCAAACUGGGUCUGCGUACUCGUACCUCUCUCUUACAGAACCUCACCGACCAACUCAAGCAGAAGACGACUGAAUUCUUGGGAGGCAACGCCAAUCUGGGUCCGGGUACGCCGAAGAGCGAUUCUGGACCCGGGUCGAGAUUCAUCGAUAGCGUGAAGAAAGUCUGGAGCGCCAGGGUGAAGGCCAGCCAAAGCGUUGAUAACAACUUGAAUGCCAAUGGGCAUGAUAGGCUGUCCAAGAAGGGAAGUCAGCCUACCAUUUCGGAGUCUACUCCUUCGAGUGGAAGAUCCAAGAGUUCGGUGAUAUCCAACAGCAAAAAGAGCGGAAGCCCCAACUCCUCCAUGACCUCCUCUCCCGACCUGACGGCACAUGCAAACGCCAGGCCAGCUCUCUCUGAAGCCAGUGACGAUUCUUCCUUGACUAGCGAAGACCUAGAGCACCUUGGAGGGGGGUACAUUGACAGCGACACAGGGCUGGAGAGUAUGUCUAGCGCAGAGACUGCGGCAAAAGCUUGCAGUGUUUGCCAGGACAGACCGGUAAGCACAGCGGGGCCUAGUGUAGAGACCCUGAUGCAGGAAGUGGUGCAGUUGAAGUGCGACAAGUUGGAUUUGUUGAGGCAGAAUGUGAGUUGUCAACGAGACAUCAAAAGACUAAGAGAAAAGGAAUUGUGUCUCCAAGGCGAUUUAGCAGUUGCGACAAAGGAAAUUUCAAGGUUGCGCGAAUUGUUGAAAGAUUACAGUCCCAAUGGUGACAGAUCUCCAAUGUAAACUAGUUUACAAUAUCUAGCUAAAAGCUUUAUGUUUGUAGUAGUUUUAAAGUUUUAGGCUUUUCAGUUUCCAUUUUAAGAAUUAUUUUUCAGUUCAAUUCUUUCCUGGGUAAUGAUUAAAUUUCGUUUUCAAAACCAUAAUGAAAUAGUUUAGAUCAAUGUGAAAAAUGUCAAAUAGAUGUUUGCACGCUCCACAUUAAUUGUUGAAAGAGUUUCACAUCACAUAAUUCUCAACUCGAAUAUUUCUUUUUGUUUUGUGAUAUUUUUACUUUGU